ACAAAAGUGUGGGUUAAAAAAUAGAAGAACCGACCCUUUGAAGUGUCUCUCACUAGGGAGCAUGUAGUUUCAAGUAUUGUUCUUGGUGAGACCUGGAACAUGUCCUCGAGGAGCAAAAAACUUAAAGACAUAUUGGUAUCUUGGGCUACUUAAAAUUAUUGAGGGAGGGUUCGUAUUUAUAGAAAAAUAGAAAACUCGUUGAAUUUUCGUAUGAAAUGGAUCAACUUUAUUAUAAACAUCCAAGUUAGUCAAGUGGUUGCCUUUCAUGGCACUUAGUUUCAUGCUCAUAUCAAUGGUAGUUUUGCAUUAUUUUUGCUUGCAAACAAUACUUUUUUUGGGAAACUAAAACCUUAUUCUAAUAUGUGUUUCUUUCCAAGUGUAAUAUUUGUUUCAAUGGUAUGAAAUCUUUGAUUCAAAAUUUCCUUUUACAAUGUACCUUCGCUAUUUUCAUAUCCCCUACUGAGUAGCUCCCACAUGAUGCUGCUCAAGCUGGACCUGGCAAAAGCAUAUGAUAGGCUGGACUAGGAUUUCGUCGAGGAAACUCUUACCUUAGCGGGAGUCCCUCACAACAUGAUCAAGAUAAUCAUGAAGUGUGUCACUAGGGUGGAAAUGCAAGUCUUGUGGGAAGGUGGAGAAAUUCAGAGAUUCAAGCCAAGCAGGGGGCUCGGACAAGGAUGUCUCCUUUCCCCUUAUCUUUUUACUUUAUGUGUUGAGAGAUUAGGACACUGCAUCUUAGAAGAAGUUAGAGAGCAUAAGUGGAACACUUUGAGACUCUCCCCUGGAUGUCCUCUUUGAUGAAGCUUCCCUGAAACAAGCAGAUGUCAUCAACAGAUGUGUUGAGAGAUUUUGCUUGGCUUCAGAAGAGCUUGUAAGCAAGGAAAAAUCCAGGAUUUUCUUCUCUAAGAACACUAAGGAUAGGGAUAAGAAGAACAUUUGUGAUAGGUUAGGCAUUCAGUCUACCUUAGACUUAGGAAGAUACCUUGGUGUUCUUGUUAUCCAUGGGAGGAUAAAUAGAAACACUUAUAGGUAUAUCAUUGAUAAAAUUGACCAUAAAUUAUCUUCGUGGAAAGCCAGAACCCUCUCUUUAGCUGGAAGAGUGACCCUCGCCCUUUCUGUGCUAAAUGUUAUUCCUUCUUAUGUCAUGCAAACUACCCUUCUCCCUGCUUCUAUCUGUGACUUGAUCGAUAAAAAGAUCAGAUAGUUUGUUUGGGGCUCUAAUGAAGACAAAAAGAAAGUUCACAUGGUUUCCUGGGAGAAAGUGUGUAGACUUAAGAACCAAGGGGGACUAGGAUUAAGAACUGCUAGGAGCUUGAAUAUGGCUUUCAUGACCAAGCUUGCCUGGCAAAUCCUUAAUAAUGGUUCUGACCUUUGGGUGCAGGUGAUGUAAGAAAAGUAUUUUAAUCACGUCGAUGUGCAGAUUGUGGCAAUGAAAAUGAGCAAUCAUUCCUCACUGUGGAAAGCUAUCAUGAAGGCAAUGCCCCUUAUGAAGAGUGUGACCUGUUGGAGCAUAAAAAAUGGAAGAACAACCACUUUUUGGAAUCACCCGUGGCUAGACCAUGAUAUCAUUCUCAUAGACCACAUCAUGCAGACUGCUGAUUUGCAGCAGGAGGACUCUUCUGUGGCGGAGUGGACUGAUGAUAAUGAAGAGUGGAACUGGCAGAAGCUCCAUGAAUGACUUCCCCCAACAUUAUCUCUCUGAUCGCUGGCAUGGAACCUCCAAAAAGUAGCCUGGGAAAAAAUAAUAGCAUUUUGGGGACUGGAAAGGGAUGGAAGAUUCAGGCUGAAGUCAGCUUAUAACCUCGUAGUUGACCAAGUGGAAACAGAAGGAGAGACAAUGUGGAAGAAACUCUGGAAGUGGAAAGGGCCAAGUCGUACAAAACACUUCCUCUGACUUGUGAUGCAUGGCAGAUUUCUCACUAACAAGGAACGAGUCAAGAGGAAGAUGAUUACUUAUGGUAAUUGCAGCCACUGUAAAGACGUGGAAGAAACAACAUAACACAUGCAUCCUGAGAAAAUGUAGUAAAACAGGAGCUAUCUGGGAUAAGUUUAGUUCCAAAGUCAAUUGCAAAGACAGGGACCUGCCUUUUAAGGAGUGGUUGUCAAUCAAUUUGAGUGAUGAGACUCAUAGUGUUGACUUUGGCCUUAUUGUGUGGCAUCUACGGAAACAAAGAAAUGAAGAGUUCAUGGAUGGGAAGGUGUAUGUGGAAAAAUUCCUCAUCUGCAGAAUUGAGGCCUGGUUCAAGAUUUACAAAAUGGCACUGCAGAAUGUGGAGAGAAGUUUCAGACCCCCUGUUGAGAAAAAAGAAGGAUAGAUUCGCUGGAGGCCUCCACCUGAGGGAUGGGUACAAGUUCAUUCUGAUGGCUCUGUCCUCUCUCCCUCAGGAUUUGCAGCUGCUGGAGGCCUUAUUCACGACAACUUUGGUAGAUGUUGUACUGUAGGUAAAUGUUCGAUUGCUGCUGCUGAGCUCAAAGGAGCAAUUGUUGGUUUGCAGAUGGCUUGGGAGAAAUGCUAUCGAAAAGUGUUGCUUAAGAUAGACUCUACUACUGCUAUUGCUAUCAUUUGGGACCGCUCUGAUGAUGAUCAUCGACAUGGAUUACUGGCAAAACAAGUUAACCAUCUUUUGGAACGUGAUUGGGACGUUGCUGUCUCACAUGUGUACAGAGAAGGAAAUCAGACUGUUGAUUUUCUUGUUAAUUUAGGUCAUGGCCUGACUUUUGGAACACAUCAUGUUGAUGUGUUUAACUUUGAUCUCUGUAGAUGGCUUGAUUAUGAUGUAAUGGGAAUCUACCAACCUCUAGUUAUUAAUAUAUGAUUAAGGCGCUCUUGCGUCUGUCUUCUUACAAAAAAAAACACUUCCUCCCUGACUUGAGGAGCUAAAGUAGUAUUUUGAUGAUUGUAAUAAAGCAUGCUUUGAGAG